GAACAAAAUGUGGAAACUAGGAAAAACUCUGAGAAGAAUACUUCCCGGAGAAAAGUUUGUUUUUUUUUCUGCUGGAGAAAUCAGGGAUGAACUGCAUGGGAUUACUCCUGCUUCUAGGAAAAUCAGAAUGAAAGCUCGAAGAGAAGAAGGUCUUCUCUCAGAAACAGUUUCUGGUCCUUCACUGGCUGCGUGUUUCCUUCCAGCAUAACUGGAUAGACGUUCCGUACACAGACUGGUGUGGGGUAGGUAUAUAGAGAAUGCUCCCGCUUUGUAAUUUAUUGCAUUUGAUGCGCUGCUUUGUUGGGAAACGAGGUUAUACGAUACGUAAACGACCGCUCUCGAUUCCUCUUUCGGUCACGAGGGCACUGCACUUUGCGAUAAUCAUUGGAUUCGGAAGGAUCAUUCUACUGCACCAGUAACUCGGGCUGCCUAGAUUUGGGACUAUUGUCAAACAGAUUGAGGUUUUGUAGGAAUCAUCAUAUCUAGUGGGAUUGUACACUAAAGUGGAUUAGGUUCCUCAAUUUUGGGAAUCAAGUGCUGCAACACUCAAGUGAAAUAGGAAAAAAGGCAUGCCUUACCUUGGGACAGGAGCAAAAUGCAUGAAGGCAACUGCUGGGCUACACCUCGGUAGUAGCAAAUAUUCAACCUUUGAAAUGUAGGCCAACGCCAAGCCUUGUGUGCCACAUACUUCCGUGCUAUGUAUUCCUGGCAAAGUGCGACGGGUAAAUAGAGAUAGCCCUGUUCCAGGCUUUGGCUGCUGCAACAAAUUCUCGCAGUAUACAAGGGACGUGACAGUGAUUUAGACGUAUUUCCGUAGACUUUUCACACGACUAUAGGCAAAGCAAAAGCAAGAGUGAAUUUCAUUAGUGAAUCAAACUGUGAUAUAAGUUUUUAAUAUUUAUUCCUACAAUUAUUGAAGUAUAUUUUAACAUAAUUUAUACAAAAUAUACCGUGAUUUAAGAAGAUAUACAUCAAAGCUCUGAUAAUUCGUAACAUGCGACACCUGACUGAAAUGUUUAAAUACGGUUUAUUUUAACUAAAGCUUAGAAUCCUGCAAAAUAUGUAUAGAGAAGCAAGAAGGCGACAAUAAUUUCUAUGGAAUGCAUUCACUGGAACAUUGAACCAGGACAAGGGGCUCAACUUUUUUGGAGUGACGAGCCAUAGCUAUAUAGCACAAAUACUACAGGAAUGUGGUCAGCAGCAUUAUGCACUCUCGGUGUAUCUAAGCCAAUUUGGGGAUGCAACUGUCUAAACUUUCGGCAAGGAAUGGCUUCGGAGUCUCGCGGCAAGAGGCCUUUAAAAAUCUGGGACAGUUGGCGCAAUGUCCGCAAAGGUCUCGUCGUAGGUAGUUUCGAGGAACUAAUAGUUAGAGGGAAGGACAAAUUAGGAGUACCAGCGUCAGAACCGGUUCGAUUGGUUCUAGAAUGCGAUGGCACUCAAGUAGAGGAUGGAGAAUACUUCCGAACGCUAGCGAACAAUACAGUGCUAUUGCUGUUGCGGCAGGGAGAGAGGUGGUACCCAACAGGUGUCGAUGUGAUCAAAGCUGCGAUAUCUGCCAUACCUAAAAUCGUCUGCGAGACUAUACAUGCCUUGGAACUGCAGGAUGAAACACCAUCUUGGAAGAUUAUGGAUAACAAGGGACGUGUCACCGUUGUUUUACACUGGGAUCAAAGACAGGGUGGUCAAGGAGGAGGCCAAGGAAGUAGCAGUAGUGGAAUCGGAGGCGGAGGAGUACUGAGUAAUGGUCCUACUUCGGAGAAGUUUUCGCCCUCGAAGAAAAGCUUAUCGACACAAAAUUCAUUGGACAAAGGAUCGGUGUCCAGUCAACAACGAUACCCCAGUCCUCAGAUAACGGUAAUCAAUCACGAUGAUCCGCAGUCUGCCAUAUACCAUUCCGCGAGGCGACUGUCAAAACAAGGCGGUUCGUUUGACAGCGCUGUGGGAGCUGUGCAUAUUCACACUCCUGAGUGUGCACACCAUGCUCACACACCUACUAGGGCCGGAAGUCCAGGGGCUACCGAAUGUGACUUCCACUGUUGCGCGCUGCACGAGGAAGGUCGAAAGAUUGCAGUUCAUAAAAACGUGGCUACAUCUCCCAUUCAGGAUGGAUCCGUUAGCCCACAACCACCACCCAGCAGCCUUUCGGACUCCAGACGGACGUCGGCCUCAAAAGGGCAUGUCCGCUUCCUGGAUAUCGGCCCCGAGCGGGACAGUUCUGAAAGCGAAACAGAAAACACCGUCAUGGAGGACGAAACUGUCACGUCGGAAAAGUUUCUUCUACUGAUCGAUCAACUUUCGGUAGACCAGAAGCGGCAUCUUAGUAUAAAAGAUAUUGGAAUCAUCCUCGAACGACUAAGUUCAAAAAUCCUAGACGUAGAACGGUUAGACCGCGAAAGUGAGUCUGACGAUUGCUACAACUGGACGAUCAAAGCAACGAUUCGUGGUGAUGCGUUACGUGAGUUAGGUGUUAUAUAUAAUGGUAAUUACUAUGCAAUAUCGGAACAUCCUGGAUACAAAGAAGAAAACGAAGAAAAUGGUGAAGACGUGGAAGAAGAAGAUGAAGAUCGGUUAUAAGAAUGAAUCGAAUGUUAGCAGUGGCGGUAGUAAACUGCAUAAAAUAUAACGAAUUGGAUUGGAAUGCUGGUAAGAGCACAAAGAAAUUCAAAAACAAAAAUAAUUCUUAGCAGUACGUGCACAAAAUGGUUGAAAACGUAACACGUGUGCAAGAUGAGUGUGAAUCCGGGGUAUUGUUAGGGCGUGUGUUGCCACAAUCAGUGCCAUUUCGAGCCUCGUGUUAAACAGUGAAAUGGAACCGGAAAGCGAAAGCCACUCUCUCGAAAAACACAAAUGCUGCCAUUAAAACAAAAAAUCGUUUAAAAUAAAUACAUUAAUUUGUGGAGGUUAUUGCUAAUAAAUAACGAAAUAUCUGAAACCUAAAUAAAAGAAAACAUGGAAACGCACAUCAUUGUAACCGUUACAUAAAAAUGAAGCAAUUAAUAGAAAUCAAUCUAAUACAACCGGCUAAAUGAAAGCCUGUGACGACAAAGAAAAGUGCACCGGACAAGGCAAAAAGUGACGAAAUGCAGAAAAAUGAACGUUCGAAAUUCAAAGUGAGGCGAAACGUGGACAAAAUUUUAAGAAGCAAACAGUAAUGCAUACCUUAGGCAUCAGUCGUGUCUAAUUUCAUGAUAGAGUUAGUAGGUAAAACAAAAUGUGGGAUACGAUUGCCAUGAACUACAAUAACGGGGCAAAACCUUGUAAUCAAUAAUAAUGGUAAAAUAGUAAUACUGUAAUUACAGAAAUAAUGUAACCUACAAAGAAAAGUAAAAACAAAAGAAAAAACAAAAACCAGAUAAACACGUAAAACUGCAGUCGUAUCGCCAAAAACUAGAA